ACUUGAAGUCUUCAAUUACCUCCAUACGUGUGUGGCAUAGAGAAAGACGGCGUAUUUUCCCAGCCGCGUUCCCAAGCGUUUGCAGUUAUUGUUCAACAGUGGAUACACUUUCUUUCCAUAUUGCGCCAAAAAUAUUGUGAAAUUUCUCAGCAUACACGGCCCACUAAUGCAUGGGAAUGGAAUAAGCUGCAUUUUGUCUUUGAUGUGUUCUUAAAUUAACCGGACCUCGUGUGAAGAAGGGUUCGAAAUUCUGGAAUCGCUGUUCGUCGUGUCACUAAAAAAAGGGCACUUUUGGUGUGCGUGUGUGUGUGUGUGUGUGUGUGGUUUUUGUGUGUUUCUGUUUCGCGUCAAAAGUGGAUAUACUUUUUACUGUUGGAUAUACACGUCUCGACUUUUGCGAAAACUAUUGAUGGUCAACCGAUAACCACCCGAUUAUCGCGAUGUACCCAAACCGCCUUCCGGGCCCCCAACCCGGGCAACCUUUCAAAUUCACUGUUUCGGAAUCCUGCGAUCGGAUCAAAGAGGAAUUCAGUUUUUUACAAGCUCAGUAUCACAGUUUGAAAAUGGAAUGUGAGAAACUUGCUCAAGAGAAAACUGAAAUGCAGAGACAUUAUGUAAUGUAUUAUGAGAUGUCCUAUGGCCUGAAUGUUGAAAUGCACAAACAGACUGAGAUCGCGAAACGACUGAAUGCAAUCUGUGCUCAAGUUAUUCCUUUCCUAUCUCAGGAGCACCAGCAACAGGUGGCGGCUGCAGUGGAGCGGGCCAAACAGGUGACGAUGCAGGAACUCAACGCUAUCAUUGGUCAGCAAAUGCAAGCGCACCACUUGCCGCAUGCGCAUGCCCCACCCAUCCCGAUGACGCCCCACCCCUCAGGCUUACCCGCGCCACUCCCGCCCAGCUCCAGUGGGUCCGGACUCCUUGGAUUGCCGCAGAGCUCAUUCGCACAUCUUCAUCACAAUUCACUGUUAAAGGACGAAAAAAUGGAAGACAAACAUAGAAGAUCAGCAUCACCUGUGGACAGAGAAAAAUAUCGACACCGAAGUCGGUCACCUGAUCUGCACGAAGCGAAGAAACGAAGAGCGGAGGAGAAAAUAGACAGUGAUGGGGACAAAAGUGAUCAGGAGUUGGUCGUUGAUGUUGGUGAUGACCACACCUCUCCGAUGAAUGGCAACCUGUCGCCCCGGGAAAAGAAGAAAGAUAUGCAUCACCUGAAAAAAACGGACAAUCGCAGCAGUCCCCAUAGCGACGCAUCAUCCCACGCAAGUUCAUCAUCAUCAAAAAUAAAAGAAAAUGACAAAGUGGUCACACCGGUGUCGAAGUCUGUGACCCCCACCAGUACGGGAAGCAUCACUCCAGGGCCUUCUGCUGGGGGAGGUGCUGCAAUCGGGGGGGCAGGAGCGGUCAAGCCAGGUGGCUUCCCGUUCAUCCCUCAUGCCUCCUUACCCUCGGAGCUGAGUCCCGGGGGCGGGUACAACAACGGAAUCCUGCCCAACGGGAUGCCUGGCAGCCCCCUCAACAACUACCCUCGAGCUCCCGUGGUUGGUUUCGAAUCUCAUGGAGCUCACAUGCGUCCAGCUCUCGGAAACAUUCCAGGUGGAAAACCAGCAUAUUCCUUUCACGUGAGCGGUGACGGCCAGAUGCAGCCGGUUCCAUUCCCACCGGAUGCUCUGAUUGGCUCAGGGAUUCCCAGACACGCCCGUCAGAUCAACACGUUAAAUCACGGAGAAGUUGUGUGCGCUGUUACUAUUAGCAACCCCACAAGACAUGUUUAUACGGGUGGAAAGGGGUGUGUGAAGGUCUGGGACAUUAGUCAACCCGGAAACAAGAGUCCCGUUUCACAGCUCGACUGUUUGCAACGUGACAACUACAUUCGCUCUAUAAAACUUCUUCAAGAUGGCCGCACAUUGAUAGUUGGUGGAGAAGCCAGUACUUUGUCUAUAUGGGACUUAGCCGCUUCGACUCCGCGUAUUAAAGCUGAACUCACGUCGAGUGCCCCGGCUUGCUAUGCUCUCGCCAUCAGUCCAGACAGUAAAGUCUGUUUCAGCUGUUGUAGUGAUGGAAACAUCGCCGUUUGGGAUCUGCAUAAUCAAACUUUAGUCAGACAGUUCCAGGGUCACACCGAUGGUGCUAGCUGUAUCGACAUCUCGCCGGACGGAACGAAACUCUGGACUGGCGGUCUCGAUAACACCGUCCGAUCAUGGGAUUUGAGAGAGGGUAGACAACUCCAGCAACAUGAUUUCACUUCUCAAAUAUUUUCACUUGGCUAUUGUCCGACGGGUGACUGGCUUGCUGUUGGCAUGGAGAGUAGCAACGUGGAGGUGUUACAUCACAGCAAGCCCGACAAAUACCAGCUGCACCUCCACGAGAGCUGCGUCCUGUCGCUCAAGUUCGCCUCCUGCGGCAAGUGGUUCAUCAGCACAGGGAAAGACAAUUUGCUCAACGCCUGGAGGACGCCGUACGGAGCCAGCAUCUUCCAGUCUAAAGAAUCCUCAUCUGUGUUGAGUUGUGACAUCUCGGCUGAAGACAAGUACAUUGUGACAGGCUCGGGGGAUAAAAAGGCAACACUUUAUGAAGUUAUUUUCUGAUUUGUCUCAAAGAUAUCAUUGUUAUCAAGUUCAUUUCAUCCUCAUGCUAAAGAAUCGAGGAGAAAAGAGGCCAUAUCUGAUUGGAUGCAGGGGAUCGAAGGAAAAUAAUGUAACCAAGCUUUCCAAUAAUGGCAGAGUAUUAUGUGACCAGGCAUCUGAUUGGUGGCAAAGAAUCAUGUGACCAAGCUUGUGAUUUGUUGCAGAGAAUUUUUGUGAGAAAGGUUUUCAUUGGUAGCAAAGAAUAUUCAUAUGGUGGAGAUUUUUGUUGCCAAGCUUCUGUGUAAGGUUUUGAUGUGUACAAAUAACAUUCAUGUGACCAAGCGUCUGACUGAUGACACAGAAUCAGAUGAACCUUCUGUAACUGAUGGCAAAGAAGUAUGUUUUUUGAUUAUCAGCAAAUCACAUCCAUAUGAUCAAGCUUCUGAUAGGUGGAACAGAUUUUUAUGACCUGGUUUCUGAUUGGUGUCAGAGAAUCAUGUAACCUUGUUUCUGAUUGGUGGUAAAGUAUUACAUGACACCAAGCUUCUAAUUGGUGGCAGUGAAUUCUGUGAGAUGGUGUUUAAUUGGUAGCAGCAAUUUAAAUCAUGUUUCUGAUUGGUGGAAGAUAAUUGUGUGACAAUGUUUCUAACUGGUGGCAUGCAAUCACAUGAUUAAAUGCCAUUUUAACCAUGUGAAUAUUAUUUUGGGUAUUGCCGUCAUUGAAUGAUUACUGUGAGAAAACAUUUCUUGGAGAUUUCUUCAAAUCUGAUAUACAGCAACUUCACAACAGGAUGGUUUAAGAAAAUAACAGCUGUUACCAGAUACUUUGUAUUAAAAGAUGAGUCAGAACUUAGCAGAUAAGAAACAGUAUUCAGAGUUGGUUGUGAUGCAACGAUAACUGGGGCAGAUUUGGCUGUAUUUUGGACCUUUCUGUGAUUCAGGGUUCAUUUCUUUCAUACUGACUUGGCUAAACACUCCAUUAAAUGUCCAGGGGCUUGCUUUAUUCUCUAAACUCUCGCAACUUUGCAAUCUCGCAGUGCAUUGUAAAAAGACUUGCAAAGAACAUGUGGUGUUGCUUAAGAGAGCUUUAGCAAGCUUUGUUAAUUACGUCCCAGGAUCUUAAAUCUGGGUAUGACUUGCCAACUGCUCAAUCCACCCAUGAAUAAAUAGCCAUUGCUUGCACGACCGUAAUUAAUAGUCACAUGGCUAGAAAUGAUGGCCCCAUUUUCAUCAACACAUUCGCCCUAACCAUUACCUCUGUGGUCACCAUAGAUACCGUUGGUUUUUAUUCUAAAUACUUGUUCAGAGAUUUCUUUGUUCAGCCAUCCAAGCAAGUACUUACAGUACAUCAGUCCUUUGGCUAUUUGAUAAUUUUAGAAACUUUUUUUUUCUUCAACAUUUUGUGAAUAUGGGGUAAAAAGUAAAAUGCGAUUUGGCUGUUUUGCUUGUACUCAUCAAAAGCAUAUAACUCGUUAAGAAAACAAAAGCUGGAAUUUCAAGUUUUGUGACUGGUAGUGGUAAACUUAGUGAAUAAAAUACUGGCAUCAUUACCAUAAUAAUUGGAAUUAAAUAUUCAUAUAUUUUCUAAACAUACCACUGUAAGGUAUGUAUCCUUCAAUUAAAAACAACAAUCUGCCUGCAGUUUGUUUUCAAAGACACCUGUUUUCUUGUAGGAAGAAUAUAACUUACUGCAUGAAUAUUCAUAGCUGAUGUAAGACAUGAAUAUUCAUGAACUGUUUACUGCCUGAUUAUUCAUAAUUUACUUCAUGAGUAUUCAAAAACAAUUUGUAGCAUGAAUAUUCGUGAACAAUUAAUGGAUGAAUAUUCAUAAACAGUUUGUAGUGAAUGUCUUGCUUUUCAUUGUACGCACAGAAUGAUCCUUUGCAUAGAAUGCUUCUUGAAAACAUUGUGUCAUCGUGUGAAUUUUAUGUUUUUAAUUUUCCCAAGCUGAUAAUUCAUGAGAGUUUCUUGUGUCUUUCAGUACGAAUUCACAGUAAGGUUUAACCCAUUUGCAAUAAAAGAUUCUUGUUAGUUUCAGUGAAGUCGUUAAAAAUAGAAAUAAGAAGUAAAAAAUAAAUCUUAUGCAGCUAUUACUGUCUGCUGCGAAUGACAGGUGACCUAAACAAGUCGAUACCAAAGUCUUAAGAAUGCUGUAAUUUCAUUGGUUUAUCUUAAUUAUUAACACCAUGCAUUCAUUAACUACCAGCUAAUAUUAAUCAGUUAGGGACAAGGUUUCAAAUACAUACUACAAUGUUAGCAACAUGCACUAAUCAUGUAAAAAUCAUGUAACAUUCAAUUGGGGAGCAUGUAUUCUUUGUAAUUCUGUACCAUAUUUAAUAGGCAGAGAAAUAUCCCAGCCAGUCACAUAUUAAUGACAACCUUGCUGGGGGUUUUAAAAAUCCUCAAGCCUUCACACAGGCAUUAAACGGACAGUCCUGAGUUUGUUGCCAUUCUUAACAUGUUGCUGAGACAUUUUAAUGACUACAAUUACACAUUAAAUAAAAAAAUUGCAUAAAAUAUCAAUGGCUGUAUAUUAAAUAGAGAAUAAUACAUGAGUGGCCAUUAGAUACCAUUUAUCUCACGACGAGUUGUUUUAAAAUAUAUCUAAUGAGCGAAAACGAGUUUGAUACCUUUUUAAACGAGUGGUAAUGGUAUCUAACGGACGCGAAUGUAUUAUUCUAUUUCUUACGUAUCUUAUGCAUCACAGACAAUUGUCAGGUUAACUAUACGUAACAGUCAUCGAUUUCCAUCAUGUUGUUUUUCACUGGAUAUAUGGCAUUGGGUAACCUGGUCAUCACCUAGGAGCAGCCAGUUGUAUGUCUUGAAAUUGUUAACAUGUAUGUGUGUAAACAAGUAUGUGUUAUAAAUAAUGCCAUGGUGUUCUCACCAACGGGUGUGUAAGAAAUGUGUUUCACAACUUUAUUAGCGUUGUUUAGAACACAGGUCACUCACAAAAUUAAACUCCAUCGAAAAGUCUCGAAGAGUCUCAAUUCUUUACAUGACAACAUGUUAAUACAGGUAUAUUAUUUUAAAAUUUCUGAUGGGGUGGGGUGUACGGGACAACUGGGAUAGGUACGACAGGGGAUAUUGGUAUUUUCUUCAAACAUUAAAUUUUAUUUUACAUUAUUUCCAAUACAUGUAUUAAGUUAAAUCUAUUAGGGAAAUAUCAAGGGAAGGGAGUGAGUGGGAAGAUAUUUUAGUGACAGGAAUAACAGUGCUGUACAUAGACUAAAACAUGGGCUGGGGGGCAGUGAAAUAAAUAGAAUAGUGGCACAUUAAUAUAGGUUAUUACCCAUAUGGGCAGAGAGAAGUGGGGAAAGAAAAGUGAUCUUUCCCUAGGGAAAGAAAACCCCCAUCUCUUCCCCUAGAUACA